GUUUGGUUUGUUAAUUUUGGCUUUCUUCCAGCACCUUGUGCACAUUCUUUGAUGGCCAAGAAGCGCUCGUUUGUGUGCCGUAGAUUGCUCGUUAAUGGUAGCAUGUGUGUGAAGUGAAGAAGCUUUGCGGCUGUGGAAGUGAACAACAACAAGCAAGUGGUAGUGAAUGCUUUCUAAGGUGAUUUAGAAAGAAUUUCAUGUAAUUUGGCUGAAAGAAAUAUAUAGAAAGAUUUAUGCUAAGGUGCUUAAGUGUUCUUAAAGUGAAAUUUCAUGCUGGAAGCGUGGGAAAAUUUCUUAUAAAAAAACAGUGCUCUCAUAUAUAUUUAAAGUGCUCUUAUUAGUAGAAGUGUGGAAAAAGUAACGGUAAUUUACUUUCAAGAGUUCUGAAGAAUUAUAUAAAAACCUGGAAUUGAAUUUUUAUUGAAAAUUUAUGUGAAAGGUGGAAUUUUGAACGCUCCAAGUAUAUAAUAUAUAUAUAUCAUUGCAUUUUAAUUGCUUUUGGUAGCGCCAUCAAUUUGCAUGAACAUGUCAUCGUCGGUGAUUGCGGGGCAAGCAUUUAUGUGAGUGAGUGCGCGUAUGUUUAGUGUGUUUACAACGCAUACACACACACAAGCAGAAGUUUUGCUUUCAGAAAUACGCACACAUGCAAGCGAAAUCGUUAAAACGCCAUGCACCUAUGGAAUAUAUGGUCGCUGCUCAUCAUCGGCCAAUGUUGGAAUCUCGGCGAUGUUAUCCGACUAGUUGAUGCGGGCAUUCUCAACACCAUCUUAGGCGUUCCCAGCGAGUGUGUACAUCAGAACAGCGUGUGGCCAUGUAAAUUGUCCUUCUCUUGUUGGCUGCAAGGUGGACGUCAUGCAAAGGGAUGUGGCGCCAAUAAAUGGCUAUUUUCCUGUUGCAUCGGUGGCAAUGGCAACACCAACACAGCGAACAAUGUGGCCAACGCAGUAACAGCGGCGCAGUAUGGACCUUAUCAGGGAAAUAAUGAGCAAACGCCAGUUGUUAAUCUCGUCGGCAAUACGCUGAACGAUUACAAGCGACUGGCAGCUAGCGGUACCAGUGGUGUGGGUGCUGUUGGCAACGGAGAUGGCGGUGGUGUGCUGCCCAAGCGCGUAAUGCUAAAGCGCCGCAAUGAAAACGAUGUCUUCAGCAAGCCCGAAUGCGGUUUACCACGCGCCGCUCAACGUACGCUACAGAAGCGCAUUAUCGGUGGCAGGUCUGCGAAUUUCGCCGAAUAUCCGUGGCAGGCGCAUAUACGCAUAGCGGAGUUCCAAUGUGGCGGUGUCUUAGUUUCGCACAAUAUCGUCGCGACGGCGGCACAUUGCAUACAACAGGCGAGACUGCAGGAUAUCUCAGUAUUUCUGGGUGAGCUGGAUACACAGAAUUUGGGACAUAUACAUGAACCUUUGCCAGUGGAGAAGCAUAAUGUUAUACAGAAGAUUGUGCAUCCGCGUUUUCAGUUUCGCAUGACACAACCAGAUCGCUUCGAUGUGGCACUACUCAAGCUGGCCAAACCGACGGGGUUUAGCGAUCACAUUCUACCAAUUUGCCUGCCGCAAUUUCCCAUCACUUUAAUCGGCCGUAAAGGCUUGAUCGCUGGUUGGGGCAAGACCGAGGCGAGUAUGGGUCACACCGGUACUAAUAUGUUGCAAGUAGCAACUGUACCAAUCAUUACUUCCUUCGACUGCAUACGCUGGCAUGAGAGCAAGCGUAUCAAUGUGGAACUUUAUAGCGAAAUGUUCUGUGCGGGGCACUCGGAUGGACAUCAGGAUGCAUGUUUGGGUGACUCUGGUGGGCCGCUGAUUAUUAAAGAACGCGGUCGUUUCAUAUUGGUUGGCAUCACUAGCGCCGGCUUUGGCUGUGGCGUCGAUCAUCAGCCGGGCAUUUAUCACAAUAUACAAAUGACUGCUAAAUGGAUACAGGAAAUGAUAGUGCGACAUGCCUGAGCGAGGCAAAUGCAUGAAGACAAUAUAAUCGUUAAAUAUAUAAUUAAUAUUAAAUAUUUGUAUUUUAUAUAGAGAAUUAGUUGAAUUUUAUUGCAAGGCAUUUAGCGAAUUUAUGUGGAAUAUUAAUUGAUUAAAAUUAAUAAUUUUAAUUUUCAAUAUUUUAG